AAGAACGGGAGUCUGAUAGAUCUUUAUAAGGGUGUGGAAGCUAGGGUUGUACGCUUCUUUUAGUUGAUCCUGCAGCGCCUCUUCUUCCCCCCUCUUUCUGCAUCCACUUCCAAGCUCCCAAAGGUACUUAGAAGGAGAGUGUGAAAAUGGUUGAGAAGACGAAGGGAAGGAAGGAGGAGGUGGUUACCAGAGAGUACACCAUCAACCUCCACAAGCGCCUCCAUGGCUGCACAUUCAAGAAGAAGGCUCCUAACGCCAUAAAGGAGAUCAGGAAGUUUGCCAAGAAGGCCAUGGGAACAAAUGACGUCAGGGUGGAUGUGAAGCUGAACAAGCAGAUCUGGAGCAGAGGCAUCAGGAGCGUCCCAAGAAGGAUCAGGGUUCGCAUUGCUCGCAAGAGGAACGACGACGAAGAUGCAAAGGAAGAGCUCUACUCCCUUGUUACCGUCGCUGAGAUCCCAGCCGAAGGACUGAGUGGGUUGGGCACCAAGGUCAUUGAAGAGGAUGAAUGAUCUAUUCAUUUCUGUUUCGAGUAAGCUACUCUCAUUAGGAAGAAAAGGGAAUUUUAUAUGCAUUUUUCGAAAGACCUUCAGAGUUUGUUGCCAAACUAAAGACUUACCUCAGUAGUUUGGUGUAUUUUUGUUUGGUUAAAUAUUCAGCAUCAGUAAUGUACGUUUUGGUUUUUAAGUGAUGUGCUUUUCUGGUUACUAGACA